AUGAAAACGUCUCCUACAAAGAGAAGACAAACCUCGAAAACUCCCGACGAAGACAUAAUCUCCGGCCUUCCGGAGCCUAUUCUUCACCACAUUCUCUCCUUCCUCCCGACAAUCGAUGCCGUCCGGUCAACCUCCCUCUCCAAAACAUGGUACUCCGCCUACAAAUCCUUCCCCGCCACGGAUUUCGACUUCCACUCCUUCCUCCAAUCUGCUCACACUCACCGCCCCUCAAAACCCGACAAUAAUAAUCUCAAAAACCUCACCCAAAAAUUCUACCAACACAUCGAUCGUUCCAUCGCAAACCGACCACCGUCCGUUGGAGUCGAGAAGUUCAAGCUCGUCGUGAACCUCGCCGGGCCCCGUCUGGCCCGCCUCCUCUCUCACCUCAACUAUCUCGACUUGUUUGGAUGCCGGUUUCUCGAGCGCGAUUGUUGUUUCUACGGGAAAAAUACCCGGUUUUCGCUCACGAAACUAAGGCUCUUACACGUUUUCGUCGGCCAAGAAACCCUAGAGAGCGUGCUCUCGCGUUGCGAGCUUCUCGUGGAGCUCUCGAUUGUCUCGUGCAAGGGUUUUGAGGUCGUUAGUGUUCCUCGCGAGUGCCGGAAAUUGGAAGCUGUUGAUUUUUAUCUCGGUAGAGGUAGUGAGGUUCAAAUCGUGUCGGUUUUGGCACAGAAUGUACGUUCGGUUAGUUACGGUGGGGGUGAGGCUAACGUACGAGGUAGUCUAAUGGGUUCGGAUUUUUUCAAAUGCGUCGAGGAAUUGAAAUUGCACGACUCGGAUAUAACGGACAAGUUUUUCCAGGUCACUCCGAAGUUUGGGCGGCUCGGUAAGGUGGUGAUCGAGAGGUGUGGUUUCUUGGAAAGCAUUGGGAUAAUUUCGGGUGGUGGUCGACUAAUGGAACUGUCAGUAUCCGAAUGCCCGAUGCUUAAGCGAAUCGAGCUCGAUUCUCGUUCUUCAGGACGUCUUAGGGUUGAUUCAUGA